GCGGAGCGGCUGAUGUAGCUGCCACCGACUUCCCGACGACAUGGAGAGCGUCGAUGAACUGGAAGAGCUGCUGCUGCCCGGCAGCCCCGGGGAAACGAAAGGACCCGCGGGGGUCACUGCCAACGGCAGCCCACUCUUUGAGGGAAAGCCGUUGGCAGGCAAAGAGAAAAUGCUGCCCCCGGUGUCCUGGAGGAGGUACUGCAGUGCAGGAGCGCUUGACCAACAGCAGCUUCUAGACGCACAGUCUCUGCCCUGCAAACUGGAAGCCCUGUAUCCCCUCCCUCCCGCCUGGGGGGUACGAGACGCAGUGGGUCCUCAACGGAAGAGCUACUUGGAGACCUCCUUCAUGGGCAUCACUCCUGGAUGCGCUCUAGAAAGAAAGCUGCUGGGAAAUGCAAGGGACGUCCACAGCUUGGGGUGCUGCGUCCUGGAUGAGGACGACCUGCUGCCGGAGCGCGAGGACUCGUCCAGCGAAGACUUGAGUGAAAGUGAGAGCGAGAGCAACUUCUCCCUCAUGAUCCCACAGGACUACCUGGGCCUCGCCGUCUUCUCCAUGCUCUGCUGCUUCUGGCCACUUGGAAUCCUCGCUUUCUACCUGUCGCAGAAGACAAACAAGGCCUCUGCCCAGGGGGACUUCAGGAGGGCCACUUCGGCGUCACGCCAGGCGCUUUGGCUCGCUGUGCUGUCAAUCAUCUUCGGCAUCAUCACCUACAUCUGCGCCGUCGCCGCCCUCAUCUCUUACCUGUCUGGAAAGGCUCCGUAAGAAGCCCCAGGCCACCCCCACAGCCGCGCUCCUUCGUUCUGCUCCCGCACGGAAAUCCUAACCCU